CCCCUUCUUCGUAGCCGUCACUCCUCUUCCGACGAGGUGCUGGCAGCAGAGGUGGCAGCCCAUUGUCAUCGUCGCUGCGCAGUUUCGUCUCUCGUCUGCAAGUCUCGCUUGGUAUAUCAUUGUUUGGGACUUUUUCCGUGACGACUACUGUACGCAGGAUCAUCGGCCACUGCAUUUUCCUCUUGUAGGUGUAAUUGAAAUCGUUCUUCGCCGCCAGACCUGUGAAGCAGACUCAGUGGCGCCUGGGAUAAAGGCCAUGGGAAGGGAACUGGCAAGUGACAAGGUGGAGCUUCAUGAGAUGGAGAAUGAUGAUUUCAGUGAUUUGGAGUUAAUUUACCAUGUCAGAGAUGCCCUUAUUUCAGUCCAACUGGGUAAUAGGGAUAAUUAUAACGAGCUUAUUGGACAUUUACACCCUAAGCAGCGUCCUACUGCUGAUCAGGUUGCUCUACUCGUGACAACUUUAAAAGCACUCUCUGGAGCCGUAUCCUAUAUAGAUAUUGUCCACCAUGAGGCUCUUAUUUUCGCUGUGUCUAGGCUGAGUAUGUGGAACUAUGGAACUGAUGUUAUGGAUGCAUUACUUGAACUGAUCAUAUCAUUGGCUGCCUCCAAUGGAAAAUAUGUUGAUUUAUGUUUGGAUAUGCUAGUGAGGAAUUUUGUGCCACCUUUUUACUUCAUAGAAAUGCUGAAACAGCCACGUGGUAUUACUAGAAAAUAUGAGGUUUUGUCUCGUGUGCAUGCAGCAUUGAAAGAUAUAGCUGAUUUGGUGCCUCUUGCCCCAAUGCGCCUAUCUCCAAUAGUUGUCCAGAGAAUGCCAAAUGUUUUCAGUAAGGAACAUGAAAUUGUCAUAUAUGUGGAGAAUAUGUUAAGGCUGGAGAGUGGUGCAAUUGGUGAGAUUGUUGGUGUAACAAUGCUUCCUGCACUGGUGGAUAGGAUGAUAGAGUUGGAUGUGGAGAUUGGAUGGGAUGGUAAUUUACAAGAUGAAGCUAAAGACAUAUUCGAUAUGGAGUUGGAAGAUGUUGCUGAACAUGUAGAUGACCAUGAGCAUGAUGAAAUGCUGUCAAAAGGGUCCUUGCGUCGUAAAUGUCUACAAGGGAACUUAGUGGCAGAAAAGUUAGACAGUCUGAUGGUGCUGACUUUUGAGCAUCUUGAAUCCUGUCAAAGCAGCGGCCGUUUGGCUCAGGUCUUCGAUGUUCUUUUGACGUCGUUUCAGAAAACUGUAUUAAAUGCAUACAAGUCAAAAUUUACCCAGUUUGUGAUGUUCUAUGCCUGUGCUCUGGAUCCUGGAGAAUGCGGACUGAAAUUUGCUAUGGUGCUUGCAGAUAUGUUUAUUUGUGAAGUUAAUCCCCCUAUAACUAGAAUGAGUGCCGUUGCAUAUCUUGCUAGUUAUCUAUCUCGUGCAAAGUUCCUUUCAGCUGCAUUGGUUACCAGCAUCUUGCAGAGGCUCGUAAGUUGGUGUUAUGAGUAUACCAUGCUACAUGAUGUUGAUAUGAACCCAAUGGCGCAUCAAGUGUAUUACUCGGGUUGCCAGGCUAUCAUGUAUGUGCUAUGCUUUCGCAUGAGAUCGUUGAUGGAUGUCCCGCGGCUUAAACUUCAACUUCUCAAUAUGCCCAUAGAGCCUAUCCUGAAACAUAAAUUGAGCCCCUUGACAGUAUGUUUGCCUACUGUUGUAGAGGAAUUUCUUCGGCAAGCAAAGGCCGCUCGUCUUUUCACUACAUCAGAGUCAUUUGUUUUCAAUGAUGUGCUCGAAUCUGAUCUUUCUAGGGCUUUUGGUGGCAUGGAUAGGUUAGACAUGUUCUUCCCAUUUGAUCCGUGUUUGCUGAAGAAAAGUGAUGGAUACAUACACAAAUAUUUCAUCUACUGGUCAAUGGUGAGAACGACAUAUGAUAGCGAUGAUAUUAGUGACGAAGGCAGUGGCAGUGAGAGUGAAAAUGAUGAUGCAAUGAUGAUGGGGAGCUACGCAGAAAGAGGUCUUGAUAUUGAAUCGGUCUUGAGUAGAAUGUCCAUCACGCCUAAGAAUUCUUUGAAAUAUGGGAAUGUGCGAAUGCCCUCGAGAAUCAGGCCAUCCACUAGUCCGGAGUCAUUGUGAUGAUGAUGAUACAUAGCCUUAUUUUAUCCUUUCUACGUAGGGUUAGCCGGCCAAUUUGCGACUAUCUCAAGAUCUUGGUCGCAUUGGUAAGAUGGAUUUUGACCGUUUUGCGUGUUGCAAUUUUUCAGGCCUAAUGCAUUCAUGUAAUAUGUAUCAUAGUUUCCCCCGGUACUAUUCAAACGAGCAAGUUGAUGUAUUCAACUAUUUUGUGUAUCAAAGUUUAGUUACCUCGAGUUUGGAGUGAAAAUAAUCGUUGUGAAUCGUGUGUAUAUAUAUGGCUUUAAAGUUCGUUUUUGUCUUGAAA